AUGACGCAGGCCAUUGCAAAGUAUGCCGCGCGCAAGAUGCUGUCGAGCGAGAUGAACAAGUACAAGGACAAGGCGCCGGUCGGUCAAUAUGAUCCUUUCUACGAAGAGAUACCGCACCCCAGGAAGCCUGGCAAAAUGAAAAAGGUCAAGAAGCAGGUACCGGCCUACAUCCCAGAGCACGAUGCCAAUAUUCUCGCCCGCGCCCGCAAAACUGCCUAUAGGCUCGACUGCUGUCUCUUCAAUUUCCUCGGUAUCCGCUUCGGCUGGUCCUCUGUCAUCGGUAUCGUUCCUGCGGCCGGUGAUGCCAUGGACACCGCCCUCGCCGCCAAACUCGUCAAGAACAUGACCAAGGUUGAAGGCGGCCUACCCCGGGGUGUCUUGAUGAUGAUGCUUUUCAACCUGAUCAUCGACUUUGUCGUCGGCCUCAUUCCCAUUAUCGGCGAUCUUGCAGAUGCCGCUAUCCGCGCCAACUCCAAAAACGUACGACUUCUUGAGGAGCACCUCGACAAGAAGUACAAGCCUAAGGGCCUUAAAUCACCGAGACCCGCUACUGUCUACGAGGACUUUUCAGAUGAAGAGUACGAGCGCGCCGGUAUCAUUAGAGAUGGUCGCGACGACCGCGACGACAUACGACAGCCCGCUCGCGCAUACUCCGGUCGCCGCGACAGGGUUACGGACGAGGAGAUGGGUUAUGGUCAAAACGACAGACGUGACGAUCGACCCAGCCGUAACACCACGAGGAGUAGUCGGCGGUAG